AUGGAAGCUGUUAGCCUGAAUGUCAUUAUGCAGCCAGAAUACCUACUGCCCCAUGGCGAGCGCCAGCUCUUUUGCCUGGCUAGAGCUAUGCUGCGAUCUUCUAAAGUUCUCGUCAUUGAUGAAGCGACAGCGAGCGUUGAUUUGCGGACUGAUCAACUCAUCCAGAACCUUAUAUGUGAGCAUUUCAAGGACUGUACUAUAAUCGCCGUAGCCCAUAGGCUACAGAAUAUCAGGCAUUAUGACAAGAUUGUGGUAUUUGAGAAUGGGAAGAUUGUGGAGUAUGGGGAGCCGGGUGUGUUACUGACUGAUGAAGGCGGCAGGUUCAAGGCAUUGUGGGAUUCUUGA